AUGUCAUCAGAACGAUCGAUCUCGCCACGUCAAUCUUCCGCUCGACUCGUAGCUAGCGGUAUCGCUUGCUGUGCAGGCACGUGGAAUGCCGUGGCGAGAAUACCGCGGCGCGCUACGAUCUGCGCAGCGGCCAACGCUGAUGGGCGCGCGUGGGGGGAAGGGGACGGAGGCGGGGAGGUUGCGGGCGGAGGGAGAAGCGGAGGAGGCGGGGAGGUUGAGGAAGGGGAAGGCGGAAGGGCAGUGCGGCAGGUUUCGGAGAGCGCGGAAGGUUCAAGGCCCGUGGGCGUGCAUUUCAUCGGGAUCGGCGGAUCGGGGCUGUCGGCUCUGGCCGCAGUGGCGCUGAAGCAGGGCUACCUGGUGUCGGGCUCCGACAGCAGCGCGAGCGCGCAGCUGCAGCGCGUGCAGCAGCACGGCGCAGUGGCGCACGUGGGGCACUCCGCCGCUCACAUCGACUCCGCCCUGCAGCGCGCCCUGCACGCCGCCGGGGUAGCGCGGACGGACGGGGGAGCAGGGGCGGAGGGGAAGGAAGAGGGGAGCGAGGGGCGAGAGGGGGUUGCGAAGGGGGGAGCGAGUGGGGCGGUGGUGCUGGUGGUGGUGGUGUCGAGUGCGGUGGCGGCGGAUAAUGUGGAGGUGCUGCGCGCACGGGAGCUGGGCGUGCCCGUGUGA